AUGGAGUUAUGUGGACCUUGCAAAUUUCGAAAUACUGACAUAAAAGCUGUUCAGUUUUGUAAGACGUGCCAGGAGCCGCAGUGCAAAGAAUGUGCUGACGUUCACAGAAGUAGUAAAGCAACAAGGACCCAUUUGCUUAUUAUUAUCACAGACUUGAAUAAAGAUUUAAAGAUAUGUCAGGAUUUGGACAAAUUUCAGAGAUGCAGUGAUCAUUUUGAUAAACCGCUUGAUUUCUUUUGCGUGGACCACAGUCACUUAAUGUGUAGCACAUGCUUGCUGCUCGCACAAAAGUCUGGUUGUAAAUCCAUUAUUGAUAUAACAACUGCUAGAGAAUUUCUCGUCGAUCAAUAUCAUCCUCAAAUAGAACGGGACUUAGAUAAUGUCAUUGACAGGUGCAAACGUAAUGAAUCUAAAAUUGUAGAUGCAAAAAUAUCCUGUAUAGAUAGAGAAACAGAUCUGACUAAAUAUUUAGUUCGUACUAAAAUCAAGAUCAUUGAAAUAUUUGAGAAGUACGAAAAACGGGUUAAAAUGGAACUUUCUAAAAUGGUUGAACAACAAAUUUCAGCAUUAGAUGAACUUGAAAAGAAAUCAACAGAGACACGCAAGACAGCCGAGAAUAAUAAAGAGAUGCUCAAAACAGUAAUACAAAGUGGCUCUGGUGCUGAUUUUUUCCGGUGUGCACUAUCUAUUACGGAACAACUUGACGAAUUAAAUUCCAGUUCCAGCAGUACAAUUACAAAUAUCAAGAAACAGUCUUUGCUAAUAGCUCCAACAUUAAACUCUUUUAUUGAAGAUCGGGUACCACUCUUAAAAUGUGACACUGAAGAAAACAUUUUAGCUAUUCAUGCUCAACAAAAACUGGAAACAGGCAGAAGUACAUUUCUUGACAGUAUAAAACACUUGGUUGUUCCAAACGAAAAUGAAACUGGAAGCAAUGAAAUAUUGAAAGCUACAGUGCCGCAUGGCAUUUCUGAUGGUAACCCAGAUAAUGCUGCCAAAAGCGUUGGAAUAACCAGUCACUCAACAUCUGUUGUAACUGCAGAGAAAAUAGACAUAUUUGAUAACAACUCAUAUAAAGGAGACAUUGACAAUGAAGUAACCAACAAAUCGACAUCACACAGCCCGGAUAGUACGACGACCAACCAAUCCACAUCACACAGCCCGGAGAGUACGAAAACCAACCAAUCGACAUCACGUAGCCCGGCGAGUACUAAGACAUCAGACACUAUGAUUAAACAGGGAUUAUUAAGUAGCAACAGCGCUUGUAAUAUCCAGGUGAUACUACCGGUGUCUUAUGUUACUAUACCAACACCUGACGGGAAGCAACCUGUCGCAGAAGGUGUGGCUACUUUGCACGAUGGACGUCUGGUACUGUCAGAUAUUAAAGGAUCAAGACUUAUAAUUCUGAAUGAAAAUUUUACUUACAACAAUCAAUUUGUUUUAAGCAAGCAACCUGGUAACGUGUCAGUCUUAGAUGAUUCUUGUAUUGCAGUUUGUUUACAAUCCACAUUCAAAGUAGCUCUAAUUUCAACCGAGAACGAAUUCAAGUGGGUAAAAAGUAUUCAAACAAGGUAUCACCCAAAAGGAAUUUGUACUAUUGACAACAAUAGUCUGCUUGUUUCUAUGCGCGAUGGCACCGGAUCUUGGUACAUGAGUGUUUAUUCUAGGGAAGGAAAAGUACUGCGGGAAAUCAAAAUGAUAUCGCCCAAGUUUGAUGCCUUUCAUAUUGCAUCUUUCAGUCCAAAAGAAUCGGAAUCAGAAAGAUAUUUUCUUCAGUGUUGCAAGAAGUCAAACUCCCUGCAUUGUUUCACAGCAAAUGGAAAAGAAGUAUACAAAUACAGUAUCAUGUCUCCCAAUGGCGUUUACGUUGAUACUGACAGUAACGUUUAUGUUUUGGAGUCCUACGGCAUUCUUCAUAUUCUCUCAAAGUAUGGACAUCUCAUUAAUAAAACAAACCUAUAUUUUUCGACGGAUAUAAACGGAAUAUCAUGUAACACAAAACUGAACAGAUUUGUAGUUACCCGAAACAGUGGCAGGUCUAUUUGUGCUCUUAAUAUUACUCGAAAAUAA